UGAGACUCAGACAGGCGUUGUCACAGAAGGGUGAAAUGGCGCAGAAAGGAGUUCAGCUGGACCGAGAAAUCUUCUCUUGUUCAAUCUGUCUGGAUCUUCUGAAGGGUCCGGUGGCUAUUCCCUGUGGACACAGCUACUGCAUGAACUGUAUUAAACGCCACUGGGCUAAAGAGGACAAGAAGAAAAUCUACAGCUGUCCUCAGUGCAGGCAGAUCUUUCGACAGAGGCCUAUACUGGUGAAAAACACCAUGUUAGCAGAUUUAGUGGAGGAGCUGAAGAAGACUGGACUCCAAGCUGCUCCUGCUGAUCACUGCUAUGCUGGACCUGAAGAUGUGGCCUGUGAUGUCUGCACUGGGAGAAAACUGAAAGCCCUCAAGUCCUGUCUGGUGUGUCUGGUCUCUUACUGUGAUCAACACCUUCAGCCUCAUUAUGAUGUGGCUCCAUUAAAGAAACACAAGCUGGUGGAGCCCUCCAAGAAUCUCCAGGAGAACAUCUGCUCUCAUCAUGAUGAGGUGAUGAAGAUUUUCUGUCGUACAGAUCAGCAGCUUAUCUGUUAUCUCUGCUCUGUGGAUGAACAUAAAGGCCACGACACAGUCUCAGCUGCAGCAGAAAGGACUGAGAGGCAGAAAGAGCUCGAGGGGAGUCAACAAAACAUGCAGCAGAGAAUCCAGGACAGAGAGAAAGAUGUGAAGCUGCUUCAACAGGAGGUGGAGGCUAUCAAUCACUCUGCUGAUAAAGUAGUGAAGGACAGUAAGAAGAUCUUCACUGAGCUGAUACGUCUUAUGGAGAAAAGACGCUCUGAUGUGGAGCAGCAGGUCAGAUCGCAGCAGAAAACAGAAGUGAGUCGAGUCAAAGAGCUUCAGGAGAAGUUGGAGCAGGAGAUCACUGAGCUGAAGAGGAAAGACGCUGAGCUGAAGAAGAUCUCAGACACAGAGGAUCACAACCAGUUUCUACACAACUACUCCUCACUGUCACCACUCAGUGAAUCUACAGACUCAUCCAGCAUCGAUAUACGUCCUCCGAGCUACUUUGAGGAUGUGACAGUGGCUGUGUCAGAAGUCAGAGACAAACUACAGGACGUUCUGAGAGAGACAUGGACAAAUAUCUCCCAGGCUGUGACUGAAGUGGAUGUUUUGCUGCCACAACCAGAGCCCAAGACCAGAGCUGAAUUGUUAAAAUAUUCACGUUUAAUCACACUGGAUCCAAACACAGCAAACACACUGCUGUUAUUAUCUGAGGGGAACAGAAGAGCAACAGUAAUGGAAGAAGAACAGUCUUAUUCUCGUCACCGAGACAGAUUCUCGGACUGGGUUCAGGUCCUGAGUAAAGAGAGUCUGACUGGACGUUGUUACUGGGAGGUGGAGAGGAGAAAGAAUACAGUUACUGUAGCAGUCGCAUACAAGAACAUAAGCAGACGAGGUGACCCGGAUAAAUGUGCAUUUGGAAGCAAUGACAAAUCUUGGGCAUUAGAUUGCAACACAAAGGGUUUUGAUUUUGUGUUCAACAAAAUCUGGACUACCGUCUCAGGUCAUCCGACCCCCAGAGUAGGAGUGUACCUGGAUCACAGGGCAGGUAUUCUGUCCUUCUACAGCGUCUCUGAAACCAUGACUCUCCUCCACAGAGUCCAGACCACAUUCACUCAGCCGCUCUACGCUGGAGUUGGGUUUUUAGUUUAUGGAGACACAGCUGAGUUCUGUACACUUAAAAACACGUGUUGUUUGGAUCAGAGCUCAAACUUGAGCAAGUUUUCAGGAAGUGAGACUCAGACAGUGUUGUUUUCAGUGAGAGGAGAAAUGGCGCAGAAAGGAGUUCAGCUGGACCGGGAAACUUUCUCUUGUUCAAUCUGUCUGGAUCUACUGAAGGAUCCGGUGACUACUUCCUGUGGACACAGCUACUGUAUGGACUGUAUUCAACGCCACUGGGAUGAAGAGGAUAAGAAGCAGAUCUACAGCUGUCCCCAGUGUAGAGAGACUUUCACACCGAGGCCUGUACUGCUGAAAAACACCAUGUUAUCAGAUUUAGUGGAGCAAAUGAAGAAGACUGGACUCCAAGCUGCUCCUGCUGAUCACUGCUAUGCUGGACCUGAAGAUGUGGCCUGUGAUGUCUGCACUGGGAGAAAACUGAAAGCACUCAAGUCCUGUCUGGUGUGUCUGGUCUCUUACUGUGAUCAACACCUUCAGCCUCAUUAUGAUGUCGCUCCAUUAAAGAAACACGAGCUGGUUGAGCCCUCCAAGAAUCUCCAGGAGAACAUCUGCUCUCAUCAUGAUGAGGUGAUGAAGAUUUUCUGUCGUACAGAUCAGCAGCUUAUCUGUUAUCUCUGCUCUGUUGAUGAACAUAAAGGCCAUGACACAGUCUCAGCUGCAGCAGAAAGGACUGAGAGGCAGAAAGAGCUCGAGGUGAGUCGACAAAACAUCCAGCAAAGAAUCCAGGAUGGAGAGAAAGAUGUGAAGCAGCUUAAACAGCAGGUGGAGGCUAUCAAUCGCUCUGCUGAUAAAAUAGUGGCGGACAGUGAGAAGGUCUUCACUGAGCUGAUUCGUCGCAUGGAGAAAAAACGCAAUGCUGUAAAGCAGAAGGUCAGAUCCAAGCAGAAAACUGAAGUGAAUCAAAUCAAAGAGCUUCAGGAGAAGCUGGAGCAGGAGAUCACUGAGCUGAAGAAGCUCUCGGACACAGAGGAUGACAACCAGUUUCUUCAAAAUUACUCCUUACUCGCACCAGCCGGUGAAUCUACAUCCAGCAUCAAUAUCCGUCCUCUGCGCUACUUUGAGGACGUGACAGUGGCUGUGUCAGCAUUCAAAAAGAAACUACAGGACGCUCUAAAAGAGCUAUGGUUAACAACAGUGACUGAAGUGGAUGUUAUACUGCCAUAUUCACAACAAGAGCCCAAGACCAGAGAAGAAUUCUUAAAAUAUUCACUUGAACUCACACUGGAUCCCAACACAGUGAACACAUAUCUGUUAUUAUCUGAGGGGAACAGAAAAGCCACUUUAAUGGGUAAGGAACAGUUUUAUUCUUGUCACCUAGACAGAUUCGCUACAUGUUGUCAGGUCCUGAGUCAAGAAAGUCUGACUGGACGCUGUUACUGGGAGGUGAGAGGGAGAGGAGGAGUUUAUGUAGCAGUCGCAUACAAGAACAUAAGCAGAGCGGGGAAGUCGACUGAUUGUAGAUUUGGAUUCAAUGACAAAUCUUGGGCAUUGGAUUGUGACAAAAUCAGUUACAAAUUUUGGCACAACAAAGUCCAAACUCCCGUCCCAGGUCUUCCGUCCUCCAGAGUAGGAGUGUACCUGGAUCACAGUGCAGGUACUCUGUCCUUCUACAGCGUCUCUGAAACCAUGACUCUCCUCCACAGAGUCCAGACCACAUUCACUCAGCCGCUCUACGCUGGACUUUGGCUUUGUUUUGAUGGAGGCACUGCUGAGUUAUCUUAACUGAAAUAGACAGACUAGGCCCGUAGCCAUGCAGCCUAGUGGAAGGGGGCUUCUUUUCUUUCUUUUGUUUCAAAAAGUGGACCUUUUUGCAGUUUUUCCCUCAUUUUGUAAGAAAUUAUGAGGUUCAAAUACUUCAUUUUGGUGAUUUUUUUAUGCACUAAUAAAGAGCACCACCAAAAAUAUUUACUACAAUGUUGUCAAAUUGCUUACCAAAGAUCAUGUACCACCUUUUCCAGCCCUAACGCACGCACACAUGCACGCACGCCUCAAGCAUUUUGUUAUGAGUGCAUGAAGUUAGUUGCGUGAAUUGUUGAUUAGACGUUAGAUUGUUCCAUGUGGCGCGCCAGUUAACACAUUCACAGAAAUUAUGCUUUUGGUUAGGGCUUCAGUUUGGUUUAGAUCAUUUUUAAUUUGAGGGGGAUUCAAAUUGUUGGCCGUCGUUAUUUUAAAAGACACACAAAAGCUAGUUAACAAAAAAAAACAAAAAACUGACUUAGUUGGACCUUUUGGCAGUGAGGUGGGGGGUUCGGUUCACCCUCCCUCCCCCCGUCUACAGGCCUGACGGAGGUCAUGGAGCCUAUCACUGCUCAUGGUGACGUUUGUUGACCUGAACUGUUAUUUCUUUGCAUAAAAAUGUGAAUUUCUCUGUGCUCUAAAUGUUUUUGAUGCAUUUGUAGUUUCUUGUUUUUCCUCCGCUGCAUGUGUCUCAAAAAAGAAAGCACCAGACCUCCUUUAUCCUCCUAUAUAUUGUUCUCUUUGGUGUACAUUUGUUAAGGAAUCUAUAGCACAUGUAUUUGUUUGGCGGACCAAAGUUGUUGUACACAGCUGAGAUAAAAACAAAGUGAUUGUGUGGAUGAGGUGAAUGUGUACAUGACAUCAUUGACCUGACUUUACUGAUGGGAUGUGUGAACAAACUGAAGGUUUUACAUGAUGAAUAAACUAACAUGAACAAAG